AUGCGAAAACUUUACGACCUAAUCGAAUCUCAAGUGAGAAGUUUGAAAGCCCUGGGUUUUAAAGCAGAAAACUAUGGACCUAUGCUUAUUCCUGUUGUUUUGUCAAAAUUACCAAAUGAUAUCAAAUUAAUGAUAAGUAGAAAAUUUGAUGAAGAUAUUUGGGACGCUGAGGCUGUGUUAAAAAUUUUAAGAAAAGAAAUUAUGGCACGUGAAAAACUUUCGAAUAUAAAAUUAGACGAAGAUGAGCAGCGGGAGUUCCCCAGCAGUGGAAGUUCUUUGAAUGCACAAGCUGCGCGAACUGGUACCCGAAAGUUAUUCUGUUCCUUUUGUUCUGGUGAGCAUAAAUCACAUGAAUGCAGAACUAUAACAAAAUUAGAAACCAGGAAAGAAAUUGUUUUGAAAAAUGGACGCUGUUUUUUAUGUUUAAGAAAAGGACACAUGAGUCGUGAAUGCAAAGCAAGUUUUCGUUGUUUUCACUGCAAAGGAAAACAUCACGUAGCCUUAUGCGAAAAGAAACAUAAUCCAAAUCCUCCUCCUAGUCGUAGUCCUAAGAAAAAUGAAACCGAAAAUAAAGAUGCAGAAAGUGAAGAUUCUUCCUCGAACGUUACACCUGCUAAUAUAAACAUAGCUUCUGAUCGAAAUAAUGUUUUGCUGCAAACUGCUAUGGCUACAGUUACAUCAUGCGAUGGAAAUUUUUCUGCGAAAUUACGCAUUUUAUUUGACAGCGGUUCGCAAUUGUCGUACAUCACACCGCAAGCGAGAAAAAAGUUGAAUUUAAAAACUGUUUCAAAAAAAGAACUGAGUAUUAAAGUCUUUGGAGGUGAACACUCUACGAAAAAACUUGAUCUUGUCAAAUUUGAAAUUAAAAGCACAAUAUCGAAUGAGAGCAUUAAUGUUUCUACCUUUGUGAAUGAUAUUUGCAAACCUGUUUCCGGACAAACUAUCAAUUUUGCUGUUGAAAAUUAUGAACAUUUGCAAGGCUUACGAUUAGCUGAUCAGAAUUUUAGCGACGAUCUACACGUCGACAUAUUAAUUGGAGCCGAUUAUUACUGGAAUUUUUUCACGAAAACUGUUUUACGAAGUUCUAGCGGAGGUCCUGUUGCCAUGGGAUCAAAACUUGGAUUUAUCUUAAGUGGUCCAGUUUCUACUGUCUCUACCACUCCUGUUACAGCAAAUAUGGCUUGUACUCAUUCGUUAUUAAUUAUGAAAGAAACUCAAUCAGAUUAUGAGAUUCUGAAUGAAAACGUGAAUAAAUUUUUCAACUUGGAAUGUUUAGGGAUUUCCUCCGAAGAACCUAGUAUUUACGACAAAUUCACGGAUGAAAUAAAAUUUAAAGAUCAUCAUUACGAAGUGAGGCUACUAGUGAAAGGUGAUAAAAUGUUCAUUGAGGAUAACUAUUCACUAGCUAAAGACCGCCUCCGAUCACAGUUUAAUAAAUUAAAAAACAAUACCGAAUUAUUGAAAACAUACGACGAUAUAUUUAAAGAACAAUUGGACAGCGGUAUCAUUGAAAAGACGACAGAAAGCCCUGGUGCUGGGGAAACCCAUUAUCUCCCCCACAGAGCUGUUAUUAAACCUAACAGAAAUACAACGAAAGUACGUAUAGUCUUCGAUGCUAGCGCAAAGCAUAAAGAUAGUCGAUCGCUAAAUGAAUGUUUAUAUACCGGUCCAUCACUGAACACUUCAUUGUUUGGAGUGUUGUUACGAUUUAGAGCGUAUAAUAUCGCAAUAACUGGUGACAUUGAAAAAGCCUUCCAUCAAAUAUCGGUAUCACCUGAAGAUCGUAAUUUACUCCGAUUUAUCUGGUACGACGAUGUGAAUAAUUUUGAUGAUCAAAAGUUUGAAAAUAACGCGCUAGCUGAUUAUAGAUUCUGCCGAGUAGUCUUUGGAGCCACUUGUUCUCCAUUUCUUCUGUCUGCAACUUUGAUUUUUCAUUUACACGGUUAUGUUGAAUGUGAUCCGCAAUUUGUGCAGAAGUUACUUGAAUCUCUGCAUGUUGAUGAUUUGACUGCGGGUGGCGUUAAUGAUUCUGAUGCUUUGUGUUUUUACACGAAGUGUCAGGAGAGACUCAGUGAAGGAGGGUUUAAUUUGAGAAAGUUUAACUCUUACUCCAAAAUGCUUGAGAACAUCGUCAAUAGUACUCAGGAUGAAACUGAAAUCAAAUUUCAACCCACUAUUAAAGUUUUGGGACUUGAAUGGAACAAACUCUCUGACGAAAUUAAUUUCAAUUUUUCUGACAUGCUGAAGAACAUAAAAUUGCCUACUACGAAGCGAAAUAUCAUGCAUUUUUUAGCUAGUAUCUAUGAUCCACUAGGGAUAAUUAACCCUAUUGUUGUGACAAUUAAAGUAUUGUUCCAAGAUUUGUGUGUUGCAAAAUUUGACUGGGAUCAACCUUUAGAAGGUGAAUUUUUACAAAGAUGGAAUGAAAUUUGUACUAGCUUUGACACUGAAACUUUAAAUAUUGACAGACUUUAUGCUUAUCAAGAUGAAAAUGAUCAAUUUGAAAACAUUGAAUUACAUGGAUUUUCUGAUGGCUCUAAAAUUGCUUAUGGAUGUUGUGUAUACAUUCGAUUUACUUACAAGUCUGGUAAAGUUAAAACUGCACUUUUGAGUUCAAAAUCAAGAAUUAAACCAUUAACAAAUACCACUAUACCACGAAUUGAACUUUUAGGCACUUUGGUGCUAGCUAGAUUAAUGGACGUUUUAAAAAAGGAAUUAUUGAAUGUGUAUAAAAUUGACAAUAUUUUCUAUUGGACUGAUUCAACUAUUGCAUAUUCAUGGAUUAAAAACGAUAACAAAGAUUAUAAAACCUUUGUUCAAAACCGCUUAGAGGAAAUUAGAAAACUGACUGCAUCUGGCAAAUGGUGUUUAGUACCAUCGAAAGACAACCCUGCAGAUAUAGUAUCUAGGGGUUGCUCCCCCUCUGAAUUGAAUUCUUUGUGGUUCAGUGGACCCACGUUUCUAACUUUACCUGAAACCCACUGGCCACACCUUAAACCUGGUGAUAAGUUUAUUAGUGAUGACAUGACAAAAGAAGAAGUUAGAAAAGAAGAAAAAGUUCAAACAUCAGGGGCGUAA